AUGCCGCAACUUAACGGCGGUGGAGGGGACGACCUGGGCGCCAACGAUGAGAUGAUUUCCUUCAAAGACGAAGGGGAACAAGAGGAGAAAAUCUCGGAAAACUCUUCGGCCGAAAGGGAUUUAGCGGACGUCAAAUCGUCGCUCGUCAACGAGUCGGAAACAAAUCAGAACAGCUCGUCCGACUCGGAGGCGGAGAGACGGCCUCCGCCUCGGUCAGAAACUUUCAGAGACAAAACGCGAGAAAGUUUAGAAGAGGCAGCGAAAAGGCAAGAUGGAGGGUUGUUCAAGAGCCCACCGUACCCGGGCUAUCCGUUUAUUAUGAUCCCGGAUCUCACGAGCCCCUACCUCCCCAACGGAUCACUUUCUCCUACAGCACGCACAUACCUACAGAUGAAAUGGCCCCUGCUAGAUGUUCAACCAGGAGGUCUUCAGAGUAGACAAGCACUUAAAGAUGCCAGGUCCCCGUCACCGGCACACAUCGUCUCGAAUAAGGUUCCAGUGGUUCAGCACCCACACCACGUGCACCCUCUCACACCACUGAUCACCUACAGCAAUGAGCACUUCACACCUGGGAACCCACCACCACACCUACAGACAGACGUGGACCCCAAAACAGGAAUUCCAAGGCCUCCGCAUCCUCCAGAUAUUUCUCCUUAUUACCCGCUGUCACCUGGCACUGUCGGCCAGAUCCCCCAUCCCUUAGGAUGGUUAGUACCACAGCAAGGUCAACCUGUUUAUCCAAUCACAACAGGGGGUUUUAGACACCCCUACCCAACUGCGCUCACUGUCAACGCAUCCAUGUCAAGUCUUCUUUCCUCUAGGUUCCCCCCACACAUGGUGCCCCCCCACCACGGUUUGCACACCACGGGCAUCCCUCACCCGGCCAUCGUCACGCCCAACGUCAAGCAGGAAUCCUCCCACAGCGACAUCAGCUCCCUUAACAGUUCGAAACAGUCAGAUGCUAAAAAAGAGGAAGAGAAGAAGAAGCAGGUCCACAUAAAGAAACCGCUGAACGCCUUCAUGCUUUACAUGAAGGAGAUGCGGGCGAAGGUGGUGGCCGAGUGCACGCUGAAGGAAAGCGCCGCCAUUAACCAAAUUUUGGGCCGGAGGUGGCAUGCGCUAUCAAGGGAGGAGCAGGCCAAGUACUACGAGCUGGCCAGGAAAGAACGACAGCUCCACAUGCAACUCUAUCCCGGCUGGUCGGCCCGAGACAACUAUGGGAAAAGGAAGAAGAGAAAAAGGGAAAAGCAGCAAGCGGAGAGCAACGAACACAGAGAAUAUUUUCCAAACCCUUGCCUUUCACUCCCUCCGAUUACAGACCUGAGCGCUCCUAAGAAGUGUCGAGCGCGCUUUGGGCUCGAUCAACAGAAUAACUGGUGUGGCCCAUGCAGUCCCUACCUGUUGUCUUUCUGUUCUGACACAAGCAGUCUUUGA